UGACAGCGCCGUACCGGAAGUAGGGUCCGCUGCUCGGCCGGGACUGACUCCUGCGCUCGGAGCGCGGUGGCGGUGGGCUUCGUUGCGUGCGAUGAGACGAAUCGCAGCGUUUGGGGUCUCCACGGCCCUGUGGGCGCUGCUGGCCGCCCACGUGGCGGUGGCGUUCGAGCCCGUGAGCGUGGGCAUCGCCAUCGGGGCUGUGUCGGCGCUCACCGGCUACCUGUCCUAUUCCGACUUGUACUGCCGCUUCGCCGAGUGCUGCCAGGAGGAACGGCCCCUCAACACGUCGGCCCUGAAGCUGGACUUGGAGGAGAAGCUGUUUGGACAGCACCUCGCCACCGAAGUGAUUCUCAAGGCAUUGACUGGCUUCAGGAACAACAAAAAUCCCAAGAAACCGCUGACUCUGUCCUUGCACGGCUGGGCUGGCACGGGCAAGAAUUUUGUCAGCCAGAUUGUGGCUGAAAACCUUUAUCCAAAAGGCCUGAAGAGUAACUUUGUCCACCUGUUCGUCUCCACUCUUCACUUCCCACAUGAGCAGAAGAUAAAACUGUACCAGGACCAGCUCCAGAACUGGAUUCAAGGCAAUGUGAGCGCCUGUGGCAGCUCCGUCUUCAUCUUUGACGAGAUGGAUAAAUUGCACCCCGGGAUCAUCGACGCCAUCAAGCCCUUCCUGGACUACUAUGAGCAGGUGGAUGGGAUUUCCUACCGCAGAGCCAUCUUCCUCUUCCUCAGCAAUGCAGGAGGGGACCUGAUAACUAAGACGGCCCUGGACUUCUGGCGGGCAGGAAGAAAAAGGGAGGAGAUCCAGCUGAAGGACCUGGAGCCCGUGCUGUCUGUGGGUGUCUUCAACAACAAGCACAGUGGCCUGUGGCACAGUGGGCUGAUAGACAAAAACCUCAUCGACUACUUUAUCCCCUUCCUGCCCUUGGAGUACAAGCACGUGAAAAUGUGUGUGCGGGCAGAGAUGAAGGCCCGAGGAGCUGCUAUUGACGAGGACAUCGUCACCAGUGUGGCAGACGAAAUGACCUUUUUUCCCAAGGAUGAGAAGAUCUACUCGGACAAGGGCUGCAAGACCGUGCAGUCCCGGCUGGAUUUCCACUGAGCUCUUCACCCAAUGGGCUGGGAAGAUUGAGGGGAGCCUCCCACCCCCCACCAGAGCCUUGCCAUGGAGAAGCACUUUGAAGCCCCUCCCCUUGGGGCUCUGCACAUUUGCACCUGUGGACUUGGGGUGCUGUCAGCGCAGCAUCUGAAGAUGAACUUUUAGAACAACUGUUACUGUGAAUCCAGUGCCUAAAAAAAAAAAGUCUGAACUCAGGCCAAAGGCCCUGUGUGGCCAGCAGCACCCACGCCUCGGGUGCCACGGAUGGGCCUGCGGCAUCCUGCGGGAACAGGGCUUCUUGCCAGCAGCACCCACCGUGCUGUUUUUUUCUUUUGUGCCUUGAGCUGGUACUCACAAUUUUCAGAAGCAGGAGGCACUGACAGAUGCUCGCUGUUGGAGGGGAGCAUGAGGGCGGGGUGCUCCCUCUGAGGCUCCUGGAGCACACUGGGACACACAGAGCCUUGGAGUUCAUACCUUACCGUUUGCUGCUGCUCCCAGCCCUGACUGUGGGGUUCUCUCUCCAGUCUCCCACUGUGCGUGGGUCACACAGCCCACCUUGUACCCUGCCUAUCAACUGUUAGAUUCACCCCAGCCUCAUCCCUGCCUGCAUCAGGGUGAACUGUCGUUUUUUUUUUUUUUUUUUUUUUAAGGGAGCUCUUCGGUCCCUGUUUGCCUGUUACACUUGCUCUGAAGGUCAAGCUCUGAUUUGCAGAACAUGCAUAGGAAGAAGCUCUAGGCUGGGGCUGACCUGGCCAAACCCCGUGGGAAGGAGUAUGUCCGCUGUACAGCACAGAUGCCUUUUUUUUUUAAAGGACAUGCACAUAUUUAAGAUUUAUGUUUUUACUUCUAAAGCUUAGGUAGUAAGUGUAAGAUGCCAUGCAUUUUAAAACCUAGGAAGUGCCACAAGUGCUGGGGUGUGCCUUUAAUCCCAACACUUGGCAGGCAGAGGAAGGUGGAUCUCUGGGAGUUCAAGCCCAGCCUGGUCUACAGGGUGAGUUUCAGGACAGCCUGGGCUACAGGGUGAGUUCCAGGACAGCCUGGGCUACAGGGUGAGUUCCAGGACAGCCUGGGCUACACAGAGAAGCCCUUUCUCAAAAAAAAAAAAAAUCUAGGAAGGACAUAAAAUAGAAUCAUGCUUCUUCUCAGGUUUUUGUUGUUGGUAUGGGGGCACAAUACCCAUGAUCCCAGCAGGAGAUGAGGAGGCUUCGGCUAUCUUUUUGAGUUUGAGAACAGCCUGAGCUACAUGAAACUCCCAAAAGCAGAAAAAGGGUUUUAUGGUUAAAUGCGUAGAGAGUAGAACGAUACCGGCACAACUUUAGAUUGCACAGAGUCCUCAGUGUGAGGGUUCUGGGUGUAACCUCAGGGCACCUUGAGCAGCUUCUGGGCUGCUCUGAUUGUUGAGAGCUGAGCCUGUGCCUCCAAGCUUGUGAACCACUCUGACCUGUCCUGCAGUUGCUAUGCAGCUGCAGACGUGGAAACACUGCCAUGUUUUUAAACAAUGUGGUAAAGUGACUGUUUUUAUAACACGGCAACGCCUUCUAUAGAGAAUCACAGCUAGUCUUUUAGAAAUGCCCUGGUGAGCUGGGUGUGGCGGUGCUCACCUUUAGUCCCCGUACCUGUGAGGCCAGCCCAGGCCACACAAGUGAGUAUCAGGCCAGGGGUGUGCAUGCUGUAAUCCUAUCACUUAGGAAGAGGAGCUUCAGGUUGCCUGAGCUCCAUAGAGUCCCCGCCUUUUUUCUUUUUUUCUGAUUUUUUGAGACAGGGUUUCUCUGUGUAGCCCUGGCUGUCCUGGAACUCACUGUAGACCAGACUGGCCUCAAAUUCAGAAAUCUGCCUCUGCCUCCCAAGUGCUGGGAUUAAAGGCGUGCGCCACCACUGCCGGCUAGAGCUCCUGCCUUAAAGCAGGAAGCAAGCAAAAAAAACCAAAAAACAACAACAAAAAAAUAACGUGCCAAGGUAAAGCCAUAGUCUUGACCUGGAGCCAAGUUACUGUUUAUAAGCUGUCAGGCUCCCGGCCAAGAAACAAGCCUUUCCGUUUACAAUGAUGUAAUGCGUGGACACGUGUUGGCCACCUUUGGACUGCUGUUACUGAUCUCCAACUUCAGAAGGCCUGCUGUGGCCUGCUGUGGCCUGCCCCAGCCUCCCAAGCCUGCCUGUGAGAAGGCAACACAGCUGGAUGGAAACAAUAAAGCAGUGGUGCAUUGUGA